AUGCACAUCACACUGCUGCAAGUGUUUCUGUUAUUGUUCACUGCAGCGUUUCAAUUGACUGCCGUUGAAUGUUUGCGAGAGUUGGUCUACGUUCAAGCAAUCUGGAGACAUGGGGAUAGAGCGCCAACCAAAUAUCCAUAUCCAAACGAUAAAUAUACUGAGCAAUAUUGGCCAAGAGGAUGGGGCCAUCUAACUAGUACUGGUAUGAAGCAACUGUACCGAUUGGGUCAUUUCUUUAGACAGCGAUAUGGCAAUUACAUCGGCUCUCGAUAUAAUGUGUCUGAGGUUCGUAGUUCAGUGAUGGCGACUUCAGUGGAUCGUGCCACUGAAAGUGCACAGGCAAUGUUGAGAGGUUUAUUCCCGAUGUGGCAACCGGUACCGUUCCAUUCCACAACGCCUGGGGAACCAGAUCCAGUCAGUUCAGAUCAUAAUGCAAAAGUUGGCCUCGCGGAGGUUCUAAGAAUUCACAACCUGUUGCAUAAUAUGACUCAACCGGAUUGGCUCUAUAAGAAAUGGCCCAAUCACAACUAUGACACAACAUAUGAAAUAGUGCAGAAAAUAAAAUUACGUUCACGUUUGAAUCAAUUCAAUUCACCGACGAAAGCAAUGCUUCGUGGCGGCUUACUGGCUGGUCAUUUUCUACAAAGAGCACUAAACGUUUCGAAAGGAGUUCGGCUUUCUCCAAGUAAAAUGAUGCUCUACUCAUCGCACGACGUAACAAUCCAACCGCUUCUCCAUGCAUUGGGAAUCAAUAACGAUCUUUUGGUUCCAUACGCUGGUUGUCUUAUUAUGGAAGUUUAUAAAACAUGGGCUGGUAAAUUUGAAGUAGAGGUAUGCUAUCAUAAGUUGACGUUUUAA